AUACAGAGACUGGAUUUUUAACCCAGCAUCAUUACGCCGUUUCCGGUUCCUCAGUGGUGUUUCCCCAUAGCAAACUGUAUCGGAAAAGCAGCAGAUCCAGAUGGCAUGGACACUUCCGCAAGGUCUGCCGCUGUGCCGUGCUGCUGGAGCUUUCUUGCAGUCUCCUACUCCAACUCAGCUCCAUCAUCAUCACCCAAGCGCCCCGAGAGCACUGCAGCAACGCGACCAGCAAUCACAGAGCCAAAGCAGGCGGCAUGAGGCUUGAUUCAGUACAUUUCUCCAUGCUGGUCAUCGGGGUCUCCUUCGCCUGCUACUCCCCGAGUUUAAAUUCCCUGCAGGACCAGGCUUACAAAUCAGCGGUGGUUAUAGAAGGCAAGGUGCAGUCUGUGCCUGUGAAUGUCUCAAAGGAGCCGUACAGUGUGAAUGUCAAAGUGCUAGACGUGUGGCCGCUGAACAGCGGGGGCCUGGAGCGGGAGCAGCUCGUCACCGUCGGGGAGUUCGGCUCGGAGGCUCCGUGCACCAAAGUCAAAAAGAACCACAAAUACAUAUUUUUCAUGGACCCAACAGACGAGCCCCUAGUAUUCAAGGCAUCCUACGCUCCCCUAGACACAAAUGGCAAGAAUCUAAAAAAAGAUGUUGGGAGCAUCUUGUGCGAAGACUGCGCCGCAGCCCCAAAGUUAAAACAGCUGAAGAACCAGGCCGUGUCAGAGGGGGGGAAGCUCUCACUUAAAUGCGAGGCCACUGGGAACCCAGCCCCCUCCUACAAGUGGUACAAAGACGGCAGGGAACUCAAGAGGAGCAAGGAGAUCAAAAUAAAGUCCAACAAGAAGAACUCCAGGAUUCAGAUCAAUAAAGCAAAGCUACAGGAUUCUGGGAAUUACAUGUGUGUGGCGGAGAACAUGUUGGGAAAGGAGAACACGACGAGCACCGUCAAUGUCCAAAGCAUUACCACGACGCUGUCCCCAGGCUCCGGUCACACCAGGGGAUGCAACGAGACUGAGAAGACUUACUGUGUGAACGGCGGUGACUGUUACUUCAUACACGGUAUAAAUCAGCUGUCUUGCAAAUGUCGCCCUGGAUACUUCGGGCCACGGUGCUUGGAGAUAGAGCCCAUGCGGUCAUACAUGCCCAAACCUUCUGAAAAGCAUCUUGGAAUUGAAUUUAUGGAGGCCGAGGAGCUCUACCAGAAGCGGGUCCUGACAAUCACCGGCAUCUGCGUGACCCUGCUGGUGGUGGGCAUCGUCUGCGUCGUCGCCUACUGCAAAACCAAGAAACAGAGGAAGAAGAUGCACAACCACCUACGGCAAAACGUGUGUGCCGAUCAUCCCAACCGCAACCUGGCCAACGGGCCCAACCACCCUGGCCCAGGCCCGGAGGAGAUCCCCAUGGUCGAUUACAUAUCAAAGAACCUUCCGGCGACGGAGCGCGUGAUACGGCACACGGCGGAGACAUCCUUCUCCGGCAGCCACGCAUCUUCCAGAUCUCACCAUUCGUCGACCGCCACACACUCCUCCAGUCACAGACACGAGGGACAUACGUGGAGCCUGGACAGGACAGGCAGCGCCUUGUCAGGCCCCCCCUCAGGCAUGGGGUCAUCCUCCGUGGGGACCAGUAAAUGCAACAGUCCUGCCUGCAUGGAGGCGCGGGCCAGGCGUGCAGCACACUGUGGCAUUACUGAGCCCCAGAACCCGGCCUCACAGUACAGGGACUCCUUCGACUCGCUGGGGGACUCUCCGCACAGCGACAGGUACGUGUCGGCGCUGACGACGCCGGCGCGCCUCUCCCCGGUGGACUUCCAUUACUCACUGCCCCCACAGGUGCCUACCUUCCAGAUCACCUCCCCCAACGCCAGCCACGCCAUGUCCUUCCCGCCGGCCGCCCACGCCUCCUACCAGCCAGAGGACGACCAGCCGCUGCUCCGCCGCUACCAGGUGCCGCUGCAGGACGCCCGGCAGCACGAACCUUACCGCCAGCGGCGGUACAUUGGUGACAGCACGAGCAGCCUGCCCUCCAGCCCGUACCGGCCGGCGGACGAUGACGAGUAUGAGACCACGCAGGAGUACCUCUCCUCGCGGGAGCAACCAAAGAGAAGCGGGUCAGGCAGCAGGCGCUGGAGGAGGUGCAGGCCCGACGGGCACGUGCUGCGGGGCACCAUGCUGGCGCGGGACUCCGGCUCGCGGAGCCACCUGUCGGACAGCGAGUCGGAGGAAGAGGACGGCGAGAGCACGCCCUUCCUCAGUAUGCAGAACAUGAACACGGAGCCAUGCAGCAUUUACAGGCCGCCGGAGGCUCGGACUUUCCGGCCGGGCGGGCGAGGAAGCGUGCCCAGCAGACUGACGCAGAGCCGCUCUAAGCAGGACGGCGUGCCCCUUUAAGAAGCAGCUCGCCCCUUUAAGAAGCAGCCCGCCCCUUUAAGAAGCAGCACGCCAAUAAGAGUAGACUGUAGACCCGCACCUAUAAGAAAUAUUUUUAUUUUAUAUAACAAACAGAUAUUCCGAACAAAUGAAAUAUUUAUUUUCAUUUUAGCAAAAGUUGUCUACUAGCUAACUGCAAAGACAUUUUUAUAGGGAAAACUAUUUAUAUGUAAAUUUUGAUUUACAGCAUAAAGAACAAGAUGUGCCAAUUUUUUUCGUAAAGGAAAUAGAACAAUAUUGUGGUGCCUUUUGCUGUAUGCCGAUGCCAGAGGUCCAGUUCAGUUUUUUGUAGCCUUUCUUAUAUGGACUCCUAUUUUUUAUAGAAAUGUUUCUCUUUUUUUCUCCUUUGGUCUUUUUUCUUUGUUAGAACUGUGAUAUUAUCGUUUCAUCACGCAAUAUAUUCCACCGCGGCAUAAGGUGUAUGUUUACAUGAUUAUGAUUUGCAGGCAUGUUCACCUUCAUGUCUCCCAGACAGGAAGUGCAGCGGGGUCCUUGUUGUGAUACUGCAUUCUCGUUACAGUGCUCGUUGCCAUGACUCAUACCUGUCGGUUGUUCCCUCGCGGGUGACCGGCAUGUGCGGUUCCUCUCCAGAGGAGCUGGGUGCGUCACGGAUGCGGUGCCCCCUCAGAGAAACGCUGGUUCUGGGUUCUCUGCACGGUUCUGGGUGUGUCGUGUCGGGGUCUUGGGCGGCCCCCCAUUCCCUGGGAGUCACAGCCCUGCCUCACCUACAGUCAUGGGCCAAGAUGCUGCCAGUGUGGGGAUCACAUCCAGCCUCGGCCUGGUUCUGGCCUGCUUGGAUCAUCGCCCCCCCCCCACCCCCAGCACCCCGUAAUCCCAGCAUCCCCACAGCUCCAGCUCAGGGCCACACAGUCUCUCAGGACAUCCCAUCGGACAGAACUAACUACAACGGGCUCCGUCCACAUCCUGGCGGUCCGUGUCCCAUCCGAGGUGCGGCGGCGGACUGCGAGACUCGGGGAAGGUCAGAAAUGCCAAAAUAUGCAAACUUUGUAUGUAGGUCUGUUUGAUGACAUCAUUUUCUACAAAGUGUGAUGACCGCGGUGGACCAUGGUCCCUCACGCGAUGUCAGGUGUCGGUGUGAAUGUAGGCCACCAAUUGGGUCAGAGACACGGAACCAACUCCAUAAGCACCACGAAACUGCUACUAUUAUUAUUAUUAUUAUUAUAUUUACGGAAAAUGCUAUGAUUUUCUUAAAUCCAUUAUUUAUAAUGUUUAUUUAGCCUUUUCUGCAUCAGUUAUCCCUGUUUUGUGCCAGAGCUCGUACCCGGUACCAUGAUUGUGCACUGUUCGACCCGUCCCUGUCUCAGUGACACCUGUGCACUUCAGAGCCCAUUUUUUUCUGUCCAGUUUCAGUCUUAAUCGUCGACCAGCAGUGGCAGACCAUUAUCGAUCUUUAAAACUGUACCGAAAUCAGAAUUGUCGACGAAGCCAUUUCACAAGGAAAGGACAAUAUCCACUGUAUUUUUUUCCCCAGUUUGGCAAAACUAUAAGAAAAGCAUAUUUUGGCAUUGUGUUUUUAUAGUGAAUCAGCUGUAAAACAAGUAAGGUAAACAUGUGUUUACAGAAUAUUGACCAUUUAAAAACAACCCCCUUGAUUGAUUCUGAAAAAAAAGAACAUUAAAUAAGUAUUGCUUUAUGAGAAAGCAGUGUGUAUUGGGAAUUAUCUUUCAGAAAUUAUACUACAGUAGGUAUGUGUCCAUUCUGUCCCUAAUUCUGUAUACGAAUCACUUGAUUAAUGCAGAUGGAGGCACUGUGUUUCCCUCCUUGUUAAAUGUAAAAUUGCCCCCCCCCCACCCCAUUAGAAUUCCCUGCACUUUUGCCCAGAAGGUCUCUUUUCAUGUGAUUUAUUUUUUUUAUCUCAUUGCCUGACCUUUUGAGCCCUCUAGCCCCCCCGCAUGCCCUUGUGGUCCAGGUACAGUAGAUGGGUACAUGGUAAAGAACAGAAACCAAAAUGUUCUCCAUUCAGUGAAAGUGUGUCUCAUUUAACAUUAAGCAAUAAAUCCAUUCUCCAUGUUCAUUCUGGAUUAAAAAAAAAGAAGAUUGAAAGUUUUGUCAUAAAAACUUGUAAAAACAAAACCAUCCCACCUGUUCGUAUAGAUUAAAAUAAAUCUUUAUUCAUACCAUUUUAA